GGAGGGGGGCCGUGCAGUUCUCACGUCCAGCAGCAGAGGGCGGCAAGUCCACAACACAGCAGCCGCUAAAAUCAUUACGUAACGGUAGUGCUGCCUUUUGUGUGUCUUGUGAGCCUUUUGACACCGCCCCUCCGGAGGGUGCAGCGGGACCGUAGCCAACUAUCGGUUAGGUCUGCAGGGUGUAAACAAAUCUUUACAACGCCGCGAUGAACGGAGCAGCUGUCCGCGCCCCCGACGUCCACCAUGUAGACCGACGCCUACGCUUCACAGUCCGGGGACGUUGACGACGGUUGGUUGUUGACUCGAGCGAGCCCUGUCAUUGCUUUGGCCGGUGGUAUCGCAGAGGUCCGUGAACAUGGCUUCGCCCGCAGAGCACGACCUGGCUCUGUCUGAAGCGGACAGCAGCAAGGAGAAAGCGCAGGUGUUUGGCAUUUUGAGGCUGCAGGAGGAGAAAUCUGGUGUUGGAGAGAAAGCUAGCGUUAACAGUAGCAGCACGGUGAGAGGAGGUGGUGGUGGAGGAGACGGGCGAUGGCAGGCUCCUAUCUUCGCUUUGGCCAGGAAAGCAUCCGAGACCAUUUCAGGGAGCAUUCACGUCCUGCCCAAAGUGUCGGAGCACAGGACGUCUCUGCCCGGGGACUGGACCGUCCAAGCCCUGCGGGACCCUAUGGCCAUGGAGCGAGCCAACCUGCUGAACAUGGCCAAGCUGAGUAUUAAAGGGCUGAUCGAGUCGGCUCUGAGCUUUGGACGAACACUGGACUCGGACUACCCACCUCUCCAGCAGUUCUUUGUUGUCAUGGAGCACUGCCUCAAACAUGGCCUCAGAGUGAAAAAGUCCUUUCUGGGCUUUAACAAGUCCCUGUGGGGUCCUCUGGAGCUGGUGGAGAAACUGUGUCCUGAAGCAGCAGAGAUCUCAGCCUCUGUGCGAGACCUGCCUGGACUUAAGACUCCAUUAGGCAGGGCUAGAGCUUGGUUGCGUCUGGCUCUCAUGCAAAAGCGGCUGGCCGAUUACCUGCGACUCCUCAUCAGCAGAAAAGACCUGCUCAGUGAUUUCUAUGAGAAUUCAGCGCUGAUGCUGGAGGAGGAGGGAGCAGUGAUAGUGGGCCUGCUGGUGGGCCUGAACGUCAUUGAUGCUAACCUGUGUGUCAAAGGCGAGGACCUGGACUCUCAGGUUGGGGUGAUCGACUUCUCCAUGUACUUGAAGAAUGACAUUGAUGAUUACAGAAGUGAAGAGCGGAAUAGCCAGAUAGCAUCCAUCUUGGAUCAGAAGAACUAUGUAGAGGAACUGAACAGACAACUCAACUCCACAGUUAAUGGUCUUCAGGGCAGAGUGCACUGUUUACAGAUGACCAACUCUAAACUCCUAGAGGAGUUAGCCAUAGCCAAGAACAACAUCAUCAAACUGCAGGAAGAAAACCAGCAGCUGAGGAGUGAUAACAGCCUUAUUCUGCUGAAGACACAACAACAAUUAGAGGUAACCCAAGGCGAUGUGUCCGUGGAGAGAGAUACAUACAAACAAUCGCGUCAGGGUUUGGAUGAGAUGUACAAUGAAGCUCGAAGGCAACUGAAGGAGGAGUGUCAGCUCAGACAGGACGUGGAGAAUGAGUUGGUAGUCCAGGUGUCGAUGAAACAAGAAAUGGAGCUGGCCAUGAAACUUCUGGAGAAAGACAUUCAUGAGAAACAGGACACACUGAUUGGACUGAGACACCAACUGGAUGAAGUCAAAGCCAUCAAUGUAGAAAUGUACCAGAAGAUGCAGUCGUCCGAUGACGAGAUGAAGAAGAAGAACAAUGUGAUCAGUCGUCUGGAGGAGAAGACCAAUCAGAUCACUGCCACCAUGAAGCAGCUGGAGCAAAGAUUACAGGAGGCAGAGAGGCACCGCACCUCGGCCGAGGAGGGAACCAGACGCUUCAAGUUGGACUUUGCCAACAAGGCCGACAGUCUGCAGCGGCAGAUCGAACACAGAGAAAGGCAACUCCAGCAGCUGGAGACGGACCUGAAGAUAGAGAGGGAGUGGAGGCAGACGUUACAGAAUGAUCUAGACAGAGAGAGGGACACCGUGGCUCAGCUCAGCACAGAGGCGCUGCAGAUCAAUGGGCUAAAAAAGGAGUUCCAUCGUCUCCAGGAUGAAAACAUUCAGCUAAAGACCAUCUGUGAGGAUCAAGAAAAAGCUCUUGAGGAACUAGGCUCUAAACUAAGCGAAUCCAAAAUGAAGAUUGAGGACAUCAAAGAAGCCAACAAAGCUCUUCAGGGGGGUCAGGUUUGGUUGAAGGACAAGGAUGCCAGCCACUGCAAACUGUGUGAGAAGGAGUUCUCCAUCUCAAGGCGAAAGCACCACUGUAGGAACUGUGGGGAGAUUUUCUGUAACAGCUGCUCUGACAAUGAGCUCCCUCUGCCCGCAUCGCCAAAACCAGUCAGAGUCUGUGACACCUGCCAUGCCCUCCUCCUCCAACGAUGCUCCUCCAAUCCGGCUUGAAGGAUCGCCACACUGCUGUCGUGACUGCUUCAAACUAUCACAGAUCAGACCCGAAAUUCCCACACCCUUCAGUCCUGUAGGAGAUAAGAUCCGUCUCCUGACAUAUCUCGAAGUGUUUGCUGCUAGAAAUGGCCCGUGUGCAUGACCAUUUAGUACAUUUGAUUUGUCUUAAUUCAGUUUUUAAGUCCCUCACAGACAAAAUGAGGGGUGUCAUUGUGAUGCGUCUUUGUUUGAGGUCACUAGUUCUUUUGCAGAUGCUCUGCAGUAUGAAACAUUCAAACAUAUUGUCUUGUAAUCAGACAGAGAGUCUUUCUUUUCUGUAGUUCCCUUUGGGUCAAUACAGUUGUGUGUACUGGCCAGAUUUAGAAAGCACCAAACUGACUAAAAGGCACUACAUGUACGACUGUAUCAAGGUGAUAUUUGCACACACUGACACCGAUCAGCAGGUCAGGUUUUGGUCAAAUGUCCUAUAAGGUUUAGGAGGAGGAGAGAGUUCAGUUAAGAAAGAAGGAACAACUUGACUAUGAACUGAAAGUUAAACAGCACUGUAAUGUACACUGCUGCAGUUCAAAGAUUUUUCUAAAGCAACCCUCUAGUUCUAUGUGUCAAGCCUCAAACUGUAUACAGUAAGUGUAUAGCGAAACAGAUGAGAUUAUGUCAUGUACACAUACAGUAUGGUGGUCUUGUUACUGUGCUGUUUUCAAUUUCAAAGCAGAGGUGGAAUGAAAUGAACACAAAGUUUAAGGCUGCAUUUACACAGGCACAAAACAGCAAAGUCAACUUGACAGGUUGAAUCAACUUUACUGGACAGUAACCGUAAAUAUAAAUUGGAUAUAUUUCCGUUUAGUUUUCUGUGAGGAGAUCAGAACUAUACCAUAAAAUAAGUGGUUUCUUUUUUGUACCUGCCAUCAUCUGUUCAGAGGGAGGAAUCACGGCAGAAUGAAAAAGGCCUGCUGGUCAGAUUUGCGGUGUGAAAUUAAUUCCAGGAACAUUCACUACUCCAUGCUGAUUUUGCUCUGCAGACACUGGAGUAGUUCCUCAUGGGGCCGUGACUUUUAAAGGAACUGAAAGCCUGUUUUUUUGUUGGUGCCGUUUGUGCUUGUGUAAAUGCAAUGAAUAUUACUUUCUCAUGUUGCCAAAAGGAGCCCUUUAUUUCUACAGACAGUAUUUCUGUCGAAUUUAAAAUAAAAUAUUUAGUGGCAACACUAGCCUAUACGAGCCAAGCAAGCAGCCUAGGUAAAAGGCACAUGUCACUGUUUGCUGGAGAAACUAAUGCAGUGGAUGCUGCGUCAAGGACCAAGAAGAGAAACAGCGCUGGCAUCUCCAGGAACCGAUUUAAAGCAGUGUCAGUCUUUCUAACUGGUUGUUGAACCACUGAUGGCUAGCUUACAUCAUAGUUAGUGGUUGUUAAGAACAGACUUGAGUGUUAAACACUUCUUACAGCACAGCCACAAUGUAUGUUUGAACACUUUGCCAAUCCUACAUCGCCUGUGAUACAGCUUAAUUUGAGUAGUUAAAUUUGGUUUUGUGGCACAUUCAUUUUUACUUUCAGAAGUCCAGGGACCUUGUUUGAGCUUUCACUUCAAGUUAGUUGUUAUCUGUUCACACAAUGACAAUUACAGAGGAACCACAUUUUACUGCUGCUCCAUUCCUGAGAGGGAUACUUUGAUACUCUAAACCAUUGUUGUUCCUUGUUUUUAAUCAACAUUUAGACAUGUGUUGUGUUUGUAUCACGGGUUAUGAUACGAUUUACACUGCACAUUCUGGUUUUGUACUUAUAUACAAUGUUUACAACCUGAGACUAUUCCAAGAACUGGAAGUAUUCAUUCCCAUGAAGAGAGAAAACAAGCCUGGAUUCAGUUAAAGAAGUUUUUUUUCUUGUUUAAAAUAUUUAAAAACUCACCAAUUUAUCAUAUCAUUAUGUACUACAGGCUAAUGUGAAUUGCACUCAGGCCUGAAGCAUUUUUUGUACAGUUAUAUAUCUCCCAGCUUUCAAUGGGACUUGUAAAGUGUUGAUACCACUGUAUGUUGUAUAUAAAUGAUGUUGAUAAUCACUGUGGCCCUUUAGCUUACUAAAUCCUGCCAGUUUAAUAUUAACUCUAUUGCCAACAAUAUGUUGCCUUAACUGUGUAGCAGUUUGAUUAAAUCAAGUUACAAACAGGA